UGGAGGGGCGUGACCAGAGCUGUGGGGGCGUGGUCACACAGGCAUCGGCUCCUCCUCCCUUUCCAGCGUCUUCAUUCAUUUCUUCCUUCCUUCAUUCCGGGAGCGCUUCGAGCCCACGACCCGGGACAGUGGCUGCAGGUGGCGCGAUGAGCUGCGGAGACCUUUUCCAGGUGUUCAGCACGCGGGCGAUGGGGCCCCGAGCCACCUCCACCUCCGUCGAUCGGGCCGUGAGGCGUUGCCUGAGCCACACCCCUCCCAUUCGCAAGCUGCUGGAUUCCUAUGAGGAGCUGCGGGAGGGUCUUGGGCACCAGCCUUUGCGCCCUUGCCUGAACAGCUGCCUGCAAGGCGAGAGGCAAGAUGCCGUCAAGAGUUGCCGUGGCAAGAAAAAGAAGAAGGUGGUCUUUGCCGACAUGAAGGGCUUUUCACUCACAGCUGUCCGCAUCUUCUCCAAGAUUGAGGAGGACCUGUGUGAUUUGCACCAAGCUCUGUCUCACCUGACCAAUUUCCGGAACAAGCUACGUGGCUCCCGUCCUGAGACAAAAAAAUACAUGCUGGAUUUUCCCCAACCUUCUGCUGAUUAUUUAGCCUUUCGCAACCGCUUGCAAAGCAGUUGUGUCUCUCUGGAGAACUGUAUGAUCCAGGAGAAGUCCCUUUCAGGGACCAUCAAAGUCAGAAACAUCAGCUUUGAGAAGAAAGUGUACAUCCGCAUCACCUUUGAUUCAUGGAGGAGCUUCCUCGAUGUCUGUUGCCAGUACAUGCCCAACACAUACGGCCUCACCGACACGGAUGUCUUCUCCUUUGAGGUGGCCCUACCAAAGGCACCAGCUCCUUGCAGGAAUAUUGAGUUCUGUGUUUCCUUCCACUGUGGCCAGAAAGUCUAUUGGGACAACAACCACGGGAAAAAUUACAGAAUCCGGCCAGUAAUGGGUCCUUCCCCUCCCAGUGCACUCUCCCGUCUGGCAAAGAGCACCUUCACGGCUGGCGAGCCCCUGGGCACCUCUCGCGCUGCCGCUCUGGUCCUCUCUCGCUUGCACACCUGGAGGCGCUCCGAUGACCAAGCCUACUGGUAGGAUGCUUUGGACUGAGCUCUCUCGGCUGAGCUCCAGAUCAUCACUCUGACCCAUUGCUCUCCUGGCGGCUCUUGCAAAGACUGUUCUGUGGCCGAUGCCAUGUGCCGGGUCUAUACUUCAGCAGUGUGCAAUUUGAUCUUCAUUUGCAACCAAGCCAUAAGCUCUUGAGGUUCAUGGAAGAAUUGGCUUUGGCUGCACCAGAGAGACUUUGACGGCCAGAAGCUGUCAAAUUGGAGAUGCAGGACAAGGAGA